GUAAGUUUCAGGAGUUUUUCACAGCAGAACCAGACAGCACUGGAAUGAAGUUUCUGUGAGGCGGCUCUGAGCUGAUCAGAGGAGAGGGAGAAAAGCAGGAGGACAAGUUAUUUACCCCGUCAUCCUUGUUGGAGGUCGCCAUGUUUUCCCUGUCGGAGCUGGUGCCUCUGAACCAGCAUCAGUGCAGGUCUAAACUGCUGAAGCCCUGGUGGGAGGUCUUCAUGGACUACCUGGUGGUCUUGAUGCUGUUGGCAUCUGUCUUAGCUUGUACUGAGCAGCUGUCCAGGGACCGAGUGGUGUGUAUUCCCUUGGAUCCACUUGUCACUAUAAAUACUAGUGAUAGAGAGGAUGUGGCACUGGCUCCUUCUUCAAAGCCCCCAACCCACAUUCCACGCGAUGUCAGCCCAAAGCUUCCUUCUACAGCCCGGGGUCGACGCACGCAUCUGGUCUACCAGCAGUACGUUUACAUUAGCCAGGUGUGCUACCAUGAGGCUUUGCCUUUGUGCUCCCGCUUCUUCCCCUACAUGGCCUUGCUGCAGUCUCUAGUACUGGUAGCCAGCGGCUUCUUCUGGCUCCAUUUCCCCCACACCUCCGCCCGCAUAGAGCACUUCCUGGCCAUCUUGGCAAAAUGCUGCGAGUCACCCUGGACAUCUCAGGCCCUGUCACAUGCUGCCCGUCAGGAGAACAUCCAAGACAAGGAGGUGAUGGAGGAGAGACGUCCACCCCAACAUCCUCCUUCUUCAACUUCAUCUUCACCCCCGGUGACCCGCACGAGACGAUCAAGCUCAGGCUCGGAGUCACACAGCCCGCUUUUGAAGAGGUCAGAUAAUGCAUCCUCAGCCACCCCUCCUUCCCCGUGCCCUUCCACCCUCUCCUGUAACUCCACCAUGUCAACUAUGUCCCUCGACUACCCGGUGCAUUUUCCUUCUUCAAAGCCCUCACUCAUGGUUGACAGUCCCAGGCAGGUAAUCAGUCUGGAUAAAAGUGAUAGGGAACAGGCCAGGGCGCUGUUCGAAAGGGUGCGGAAGUUUCGGUCCCACUGCGAGAGCUCAGAUGUCAUCUAUAAGGUCUACUUGGCUCAGACAAUAUUCAAAUUGUUGAUGGUAAUGCUGAUCGUGAGUUACACCAUCCCUCUUCUCAGCUCCUUCUCCUUCACCCACACCUGUCACCCUAAGGAGCAUGCCUUGGUGGGCUAUAUUACCUUUGAGUGUAUCCAUGUGCUCUCCUCCCUUCUACACAAACUGCUGGUUACUUACCUGGCCCUACUGGGGCUGUACGGCCUGCUGAACUUUUACACCAUCAUUUGGAUUUUACACAGCUCUCUACGGCAGUAUUCCUUUCUCUCACUGAAGGAGGUGUGCUCCCUGAGAGAUGUUCCUGACCUGAGGAAUGACCUGGCCUUCCUUUUACACAUGUUAGACCAGUACGACCCUUUGCUGGCCCAGCGUCUGUCUGUUUUUUUGUCCCCUGUCAGUGAGAGCAGGCUGCUGGAGGAAAGCUUGGAGAGGCACUGGGGGGAGGAGAAGCUGCGUGCCAUGACGAGUGUGGAUGCAGAAGGCUGCUCCAGACUGCAGCUGGUGGCCCUGCCUCGCCUCCCUCCAGCCCUCUUCACCCUCAGCCAGCUUCAGGUCCUCAAAUUGGAACUCAUCACAGAUGCCAGGUUUUCUGCACAGGUGGCCAACAUGACCUCACUCAGGGAGCUCCACCUCUAUCACUGCACUGCAGCUGUGAAUCCCAGUGCACUUACAGUCUUCCAGGAACGUCUGGAGAUCCUCCACCUCACGUUUACUCAGGUGUCAGAAAUCCCCAGCUGGGUCCUUUCCCUCCGCAGCCUACAUGAGCUCCACCUCUCUGGCCGCCUAAGUAAUGAUGGUGGGGUGGGCCGCAGCUGGGCAUUGGGGAGCCUCCGACAAUUACGUCACCUCCGUGUGCUGGUGAUUCGAGGAAUGUUACAGCGGAUCCCUGGGGAGCUGUGUGAGGUGGCAGGCAGCUUGGUGAGGCUGGAGAUCUACAACGAGGGCACCAGGCUGCUUGUACUGACAGGCUUGAAGCGGAUGGUGGACCUGACAGAGCUGUUGCUGCAGGACUGCCAGCUAGAGCGAUUGCCUUCUGCCCUGUUGGCGCUCACCAACCUGCGGACACUCGACCUACAGCAUAAUAACUUGAGAACUCUGGAGGAACUGCUCAGCCUGGCUCACCUGAGACGUCUUUCUUGCCUCAGACUUGCCUAUAACCGUGUUCUGGCAGUGCCGGCCAGUGUUGGUGUGCUGCGAGGCUUGGAACUCCUAGAUCUAUCCAACAACCAACUACAGAGCCUGCCCCCAGCCCUUUUCACUCUUCGCCGCCUUCGAAGGCUCUUGCUGGCAGGUAACCUGCUAGAGGAGCUGCCUGCAGAGGUAAAGGCACUGCAGCUGCUUACAGAGCUGGACCUCAGUGGGAACAGGGUAGAUAGUCUCCCCCCUGAGCUAUUCAAUAGCUGUUUGGAGCUACACAUCCUUAAUGUGGCUUACAACUCUCUUAGUUCAUUACCCAGGGCAAUUUCAGCUUUAAGUCAGUUGUGCAGGUUGGACUUGCGCAGUAACAGUCUAGAGGAACUGCCAACUGAAUUGGGCUGCUGCUCAGGGCUGCGUGGAGGUGGUCUCCUGGUGGAAGACUGGCUGUUUCUUUCUUUGCCUCCCCAUGUCAGAGACUUCCUAAGCCGUUCUUGUCCCCAGUCUGGUACAUCCUCAGAGGGUUAUUCCCGGCCAGAGUCCGACAGUUUUCCAUAUUUCUCUCCUACACAGUGGAGCUUCUCUUCUGCUCUGGAAUCACAGAUAUAAAACUAAUUACUAUAUAUUACUGCUAACAGUAUCCUAACACUAGUGUUCUGCUAGUGAGGCCUUUUUGUACCUAAUGAUAUAUUGUGAUACUUUGAAAUAAGUUUUUUUUAGCUUUUCUUUAAAAAUGUAGUUUUCCUUUUGGUCCUGUGACCAACAAGCACCUUGACUGUGAGGCCUAAACAAUCAUCAUUGCUGAAUUUAUAUUUGUUGCUAUUCCACACAUAGUGUCAACAAUGGCUUGCAGGAAGAUUAAAAAUAGGCAUUUGCAAAUUUACAAAACAAUGAGCUGAAUAAAACAAAGUUACACUGAGUAUAAAUGAUUUGUCGUUAAUGGCCUAAAACAUGCUAAAUACACCACCACUAUAAAUCUCAGUUCUAUUUUAAAAUCUUUACAGAAAUUGUUGCUCUACUGUUGACAUCUUGUUAUUGCUGGAAUGCACCAUGAAAGAGGAAACUGUCUGCAUCUGUUGUAUGGUUGAUAAUGGUUAUUAAGGGGAAAUAACAUUUUAAUCAGAAACAUUCACAAAGGUAAUAUUUUUUGCAGGGCUGUUUCUCUAUAUAUCUUUCCAAAUGAUAAUAACAGAUUUUAAAGGACAGUACCACCCCAACCAAAUCAUGUUCACUUUGCUGAGAUAUAGAAGUUUCUGCUGCCGUACCACCAGGCUGCAAGGCAACUUUCCACCCCAGCCUGCAAACUCAAAUACCUCCUUACUGCUCCAUUGAAUAUAGUUCAUUUAUGUUUACCAUUUUAUAAUUGCUCUUGUAUUGCUGUAUAUUGUCUACUACUUAGUAGAAGUGAGUUAGACACUCAA